AUGCCUGCUGCAACAGCAGAUGCUCCAGCCGUCGCUCUGUCCUUCGCAAACAACUUCUGGGGCAAGGACGAUGCUGGAGUCGGCCCCCUCCUGGAUCGCAUGCAGGGCGCGAAGCAGACGUGUGAUGAACUCAAGUCUUUCUACAGCGCUCGUGCUUCCAUUGAAGAUGAAUACGCCAGAAAACUCCUCAACCUUUGCCGAAAGUCCCUCGGGACCCAGGAGAUGGGCACUCUCCGGACCUCCCUCGAUACCGUGCGUGGCGAAGUGGAGUCCAUGGCCAAGCAGCAUCAGAGCAUUGCCGCGCAGAUGAAGACGGAGCUGGAAGAGCCGCUGGCCGCUUUUGCGGGGGGCAUGAAGGAGCGACGCAAGAUUGUCCAGAACUCUGUCGAGAAGCUGUUGAAGAUCAAGAUCCAGCAGACGCAACAAGUCAACAAGACCCGAGAUAAAUACGAGCAAGAAUGCCUCAAGAUCAAAGGCUACCUCGCCCAAGGCCACAUGGUCAUGGGCCAAGAAGAGCGCCGUAACAAGGCGAAGCUGGAAAAGACGCAAAUCAGUCUCGCCACAGCCAACACCGAGUACGAGAAUGCCGUCAAGGCCCUCGAGGACACCACGGCCAGGUGGAACAGAGAGUGGAGGGCUGCCACAGACAAGUUCCAGGAUCUCGAGGAGGAGCGGCUCGACUUUACCAAGAGCAGCCUGUGGACCUUUGCGAAUAUUGCAUCGACAGUAUGCGUUAGCGACGAUGCCUCAUGCGAGAAGAUACGCUUGUCGCUGGAGAAGACAGAAGUGGAAAAGGACAUUAUCCACUUCAUCACCGAGCAAGGCACCGGCCAAGAGAUCCCUGACCCGCCCAAGUACAUCAACUUCUGCCGCGGAGACAUCAAUGACAGCCAGUCCGAGGUCUCUGAGGACGACAGCUACUCGGUUGCUCAGUUCCCUCGCAGCAUCAACCCUGCAUUCCGCUCAUCCUCCCCCCAACCAUCGACCUUUGAAUCGCAUCACGACCCCAACUCGGCGUUGGCGAACAACUUGGCUCACAGGGAACCUGCCCCAUCAACGAGUCGAGAGGCCACUGUGACUCCGCAAAAGCCCCCCCAGCAGAUGAGGAUGCCUGUGAACGACCAGCAUCCCAUGGAGCAUGCUGCCAGACAAGCAUCGUACGAUGCCAAUCCGCAUGGGGGCGUGGGCGCUGUGCCCCACGAGCCUUAUCCAAUGGACGGCAUGACGAUGCUCUGCCGCACCGCGCCUGCUUCCGAUCGAAGCUCUCAGCAUACGUCUGCCAGUCAGGAGGCUCCCAGCGGAAAGACCUCACCUGCCAAGCAGCACCAGACCCCGGCGUCGAGCCCGGAGAAGCGCGUCUUUAAGAAGAAAAGCGGCUUUUUCCAAAACCAUAGCCCCUUUAGGCGCAAGAGCACAAAGGAGGCCCAUCCUCCGGCGCUAGCUGGGAGGAGCACCUGGCACGCUUCAAGUGUCGCGAAAAUGGGUCAAACGGAUCGAACGGCAAGCCCUGAGCCUAUUGACGCCAACACAAGCCUUGCCCUUGGGGUUGGCCAGAACGUGCUUCCAGUCACAACGCCAGACACGCAGAGACACAAGGCACGAGCCGCGGCCGCAGAGUUGGACGAAAAUGACCCCAUCGCCAUUGCCUUGGCAGAGCUCAAGGAAGUCAAUUUGGGCAAACAGUCUUCUCUCAGGAUGUCUGCAGACCAUUACCAUGGCAUAGCAACUCCUGUUCCCGGAGCCGAGAACCGGAUGGCGCGAUCUGUUCCCGCUCCCGGCAGUCACGACGCGGCCAUGACCAGCCGCGGAACGCCGCCACCUUCAUAUCAUCCAGCGCAGGUGACGAGACUGGGUGUUCCGCCGCCGGCCGUAACCUCGAAAGCUAUGAAGGAGGCCACCAAGAAGGUGACGGAACAGACGCGCACCAUAUUCGGCAACGAAGGCAGGGGAGAUGCUGGAAGUCGCGGACCGUCCCCAAGCUCCCGGCCCGGCACACGCGGUAACGACUUGCCCAGAGCGGCGUCGCCAGCUCCGGCUCGAAGCGCAUCUCCACAGCCGCGGACGAGUAACGACGUGCGCGGGGGUAGCCACCGAUCCGCCUCGCCCAACCCUUACGGCGGCCGUCGAAGGGCCCCAUCUCAAGUUAGCACAUCAUACAAGCGCGGAGCCGAUCCAAGCUACUACGGAUCGGCUUCUCCGAGCGGCUCCGUCCGAGGAGCGUCUCCGUCGUCGUACAGAGACUACAACCGGCCUCAGAGCAGCUAUGGCGGUGCUGAGAUGGCCGUACAGCUGGCGCCAGCGGGUGAAGAUGCUUACGGAUCUCAGAGGAGCAGGGGAUCGGGACGGCCCGAGUCUCGGGCCAUGGGCUUGUAUGACGGUGGAUCGCGGCCGCGGAGCAAGAGCGUGGCAGAUCCGGCUAGGAUGUACUCGCGAGACGGGCGGCCGAUUAUGCACUAUGCUCGCGCCCUGUAUGUGUACCAAGCAGCGAUUCCCGAAGAGCUAGGCUUCGCCAAGGGAGACUAUCUGGCCGUGUUCCGCCACCAAGACGACGGCUGGUGGGAGGCCGAGGUCCACGGCGGCAACGGCCGCGUCGGGCUGGAGAUGCUCGAAGACACGGUGCGUGCCGCGACGUCGAAGCCGGUGCAGCGCGCUGCUAUAAACACUGCGCUCCUGGUAUCUGGCGCAGGCACGCUCUUCUGCCUGGCUGCCAUCGCCACCGGCUUGUUCUUCCAGAACUUUGUCCCCGAUCAAUUCGUCAAGACACCCGUGCACCUUCAAUAUGGGUCGGGCCCCAAUCCAUACGGCGUUGCGUCUCUCACCAGGCCGCCGAUGAUCAAGACACAGCAAGAAUACGAUGUCUCCGUCAUCAUCUCGAUGCCACGGUCUCCCGCCAACGUCGAGCGCGGAAACUUCAUGGUCACCCUGUACCUGCUUGGUUCUGAGGACAGUGGAAAGCUCGAGGCUGAUGCCCGCAUCUUCGCCAAUACGCACGACCAGUUUGGCGCCCACGAAGUCAUCUUUAGCUCGCGGCGUCCGGCGCUUGUGCCCUAUAUCGAUCCGAUAGUGUCGGUGGCCAAGCGCCUUGUUCUGCUGCUGUACCACUUGCUCGUCCCCAGCUCGCAGGCUUGUAAAAUGACGGUGGCUUUGGCUGAGCGCCUAGCAUUCUCCAAGAGCUCUUCGCUGCCCGCCUCUGCAUAUGUGGAAAUCGAGGCAGGGCAGGAUAUUCAAAUCUACAGCGCGGCUUUGACAAUGACGGCCCAACUUCGCGGGCUCCGCUGGCUCAUGUUCUACUAUCGGUUGCCAACGUACAUGGCAUUCACGGCCGUGUUCUGGGCGUGCGAAGUAAUGUUCAUGAGCCUCGCUUGGGCAAUUUGGAUCGCUGCAACGGGGUUUAAGGGGCCCAAGAGCUCGCGCGCCCGGAAAGACGGCCGCGCAUUGGGCGGAAAUCAGGCCGACGACGAGGGAAGCAAGGACGAAUCCUCAGACUAUCCCUACAAUUUCCCGACGUAUGGGAGGCAGCUACCGCUAAAGCAUGAGCCAGAGGUCAAGGCAGAAUACGAAGAGGAACGGGGUCGGCAACUCGCCGAUAUUCCCGCUGCCGGGGCCGAAGCAGACGACGAGGACGAGCUCUAUGGCGAUGACGACGGUGACGAGAAGCGGAGAUACGACUCUGGAUUGGGCACGAGCUAUAGCGAGAGAGGAGGCGAAAGUAUACGCAGAAGACUGUCCCGACCGACGUCGGGGCAUGAAGAGGACGCUCCGCGGAGGUGA